GUUUAUUUAAUUCUGACAUAAUAUUCGACCACAGAUGUUUUUCGUGACUUUUCUCUCGGUAAAAUUAGGUAUCGGCAAUUAGCAAUGUUGAUAUGCUACUCAUCAAGUCAUCUCUAAAUUGGACUAAUUUAGACAGUCUCGCUAAACGUGUGUUGUUUUAAUGAGGGGAUUUUAAGGCUUCGCGUCGGGGAAAAAUAAAUUAAGUGUGUAAGGACUGCCAUCUCUGCUUAUUUAUGACCGUUUUGAUGUACAGUAAAUGGAGUCGAGGAGUCGAUUCCAACGACUCCAACAGUGGGAGUCGGAGUCAACUCCAAAAAACCUGGAAUCGAACACCCCUAUGUCUGCACAUGUCUGAAGGAGCGCGCUCACGAUUCUUUUGGGUAUGAGAGACGUCACUAUAGCAACACAAGGGGACGCGCACGCCGCGCAGAAAAGCAGACAGAGUCGCUGCUUGUUGGCUGCUGUUUCUUGCAUAAUUUCGACAACGCCCUGCCAGGUAAAGUCUUUCAGCACUGUACAGUUCAGGACUUCAUGCAUGGAUACCUUUUCUUUCUUCCCUGCAUGUACAGAGUGGUGUCAGAGUGUUCUGUGUUGAAAACCCUGGGGAAUUAGAUGCUGCACUUCAGGUUACAGACUGGACUGCAUGUCUUCACACAUCAUCAGUGAUCUUGUCAGACAAGAAAUUAAUUUACAAAGCAAAUGAAGUUCUGACCAACCAGCACAAUGACACAUACAAAGACUGCAGAUGACAUGCAACACACCCUCUCUCUCAGCUCCAGAAAACAACUACUGGAACAAUUAAACUCUGAACAGCAAGAAGUUAAUGCCAUUACGCAGCCACUGCUGGAGACUGAGGCUGUAUUCAUAAAGAAUCUGGAUCACUACCUCACUCAAAGAGACACACUGGAAUUGAGGAAAAGUAAAUUGCUCUAUAAGCGCUGGACACAGAGUGUGUGGCUGCCGAUACAGAGGAGUAUGGAGCAACACUUUACACAGCAUGGCUACAGUGAGACACAGAAGAUGAGGAGCAUGCAUGCACACUACAUCAACUACUGUAAUGCUAAGGGUUUUGUGUUUCUAGAGAGUUACGAUCCGCUAGAGUACAACCCUUUCCUGCACCAUUUCAACACACGUUAUCGCAAAGUGAGUCGUAUCAUCUUCUUUUUUGUUAAUAGUUACACAACUAAACAAAAUGCAUUAUGACUUUUUUUGUUCAUUCUUUCAUCCAAAUGUUUAAUUACUCAUCAGCUGAGUAUUUUAUUGAACAGAUGAAAUGCCAUUUUGUAUCACCCUAACAUUUUAGGGUACACCAACAGGUAUGCAGUUGACACAGUAAUUACAACCUUACAACUCAUAAAACUUCCCUGGAGAAUUAGAACAAAUCUAGCUCUCUGCUGCUUGCUCGCUGUUAGCUUUUGUAAUGUGUGCCCUCAUACUAAUCAUCUCAUGUGUAUAUGACUUGUUCUCCAUAAAUGUAUGUGCAGAAUGAAGGUUCCGGUUUGACAGAAAAACAGAGUGGUGUGUGUGUGUGUGUGUGUGUGUGUGUUAUGAUUCUGUCAUACUGUCAUAUAAACAGUAUAAAAACAAUAAAAUAACAGCAUCAUUUACU